AUGGCUUUAGAUUUUUCUGCUACGUAUAAGUUAUUAGUUUUAGGUGAUUCCAAUGUCGGAAAAACUUGUAUAGUGCAUAGAUAUUGUGAUGAGAGAUAUUACGAUAUUUACAUAUCUACUAUAGGAAUAGAUUUUAAACAGAAGAUAAUAAAUCUAGAUGGAGUGCCCAUUAAACUUCAAAUAUGGGAUACGGCCGGUCAGGAGCGAUUUAGAACUUUAACUACUGCUUACUAUAGGGGUGCUAUGGGCAUAAUACUUAUGUAUGACAUUACUAAUUUGGAAUCGUUCAACCAUUUGUCUUAUUGGUUGAGAAACAUUCAAGAAUAUGCUUCACCGGAUGUUAUUAAAGUGCUAGUUGGCAAUAAGUGCGAUGUGCAUGAAAACCAUCGAGCAGUCCCCAAAGAGAGAGGUCAAAAGAUUGCUGACGAUUUCGACAUGCCGUUUUUUGAAGUAUCUUGUAAAAGCAACAUAAAUAUUGAGGAAUCUUUUUUGACUUUAGCCAGAAAAAUAAGAGAAUAUCGAGAGACUAAGGCUGAUGCAUUCGAAUUGAAGGAAAGGGACAACGUGAUAAAACCAUCUGAAUCGGAAACAGACGUGUCAAAAUGUAGUUGU